AUGCCACCGUAUCGACUUGCCUGUCCUUUCAGCCGUGGUGGACAUACCACAGCCCACCAGUGUCAAGAUGGUGUUCUGCGUAUGACGAGGAUGAGAAAGCACCUCAGAGAGUUUCACGGAUGUAACUGCCCCGAUCACUACGCAUGUACCAGGUCGCAGCACAUCCCCCAAGACCUCAUCAACCGCCUGAUCGUCAUCUCUCUCGAGCAAGAAAGUUCACCAACGGAUCGAUGGGCGAGAAUGUACAAGGCGGCCUUCCCUACCCACAGAAUAGUCCCAGGCCCAUGUGUGCCCCGUUUCAGCAAGAUCCUGAGUAUUGCCGAACAUCCUGGGCCCGAAUUCAAGAAGACUAUGGUAGAUCGCCUGGCUCGAGCCGAACGUUUGAGCGUCAAAAGGGCAAACAAGAAAUUGCAACGCUUCUUGAACCGUCUGCCACUCUUUUACGACGUACUCAGCUGGCCCGAAGCUUGGAAUCUGGAACAGUCCUCAGUCAGCGAUGAGUCUGGUGAUGAAGUUGAUGAACCAUCCACGACGCAGCCCGUGGGAGUCGCAGAGCCCCUAGCCUACGAGGAACCCGAUCUUUCUGUUCAACAAGAUGACGGAGUUGCCGAUGAAAAGCCCGAUACCCAGGCCGAACAAGAGACUCUCCCUUCAGCUCCAUCGUCAAGUUAG